AUGGCCGCGAAGUCAGAUGCUGGGCUCUUAUCCGUCCGCUCAGCAUACACUGACUUUGAACCUCACGAACGUUGUGCAAGCAAGAGAUCGUACAAACAUGUGAGGCUCACAACGUGGGUUUCGGUCACCAUCUUGACCCUGGCCGUCUUUGCCACUGUCUUCUCCGGCAUCUUUUUGAUCAUCGCCUUGAGAGGGCCACGGUAUGGGCGCCUGAUACGAAAUGGCGGGAGCCUCACUCCCGGAUCGGCGGCAUUUCUCACAUCCUUCUUCGCCAAAUUGAUCGAGCUAUCUUUCGUCACCGUGGUGGUUGCUUUUAUUGGCCAAGCCCUCGCUCGAAGAGCUUUCACCCUGGAGCAUGCUCGCGGCAUCACACUGGCAGAGCUGAACAUGCGCACCUGGAUAUUGCAGCCGGGAACUAUGCUCACACAGUGGGAAUCAGUCCGAUAUGCCGGGCUAUCGUUCUUGGGCAUAGUGUCCUUUCUCGGUGCGCUCUCAACCAUUUUGUACACGUCCGCUGCCACUGCGCUCGUACAACCUCAGCUCGUACUUCCCAAGUUUGAGUCUCAUACUCUACAGGGACUUGUCAAGACAUCAUUUGCCAACUCUUACUACAUUGCAGACAGCUGCCAGACGCCGAUCACGGAAUCGUUCGAUAAGGAGUAUGCGGGAACAACCUGUCUCCAGAUUGAACACUCGUCCAAUGCAUAUCACAAUUACUACAGCUACCUCUCUACUUGGACUGAGGCUGCCAAGAUUGACGGCAAUAGCACAAAUGAUCUCGCGACCAGACCGAGAGGCUAUGCUUUAUUUGCCGAUAACACUACAAUCCAGGCCCCUUGGAUCGAUCAUAGGGCAGUCACUCAGGAAGAAUUCCCUGGAUAUAUCAUCAAUAAUGUCACCAUGGCGAUGCCUCACAUUGGUGUCGUGCAAGCUGCCAUUGAUCCCAUCAACAAGAUCAUGCAACCCUACGAGGUGGAUGGCGCCACCUACAGCAUUCGCGCUUCGGUCCCGUCACCAAUGGUGAACGCUUUGUGUGUGACGUUGUCGAGGGCGCAAUUGGCCCCUCUCGUGUAUAGCGAGUGGAAUCUUACGGACGGCAAAUGCAAUCAGACGGACUGGGUAACCAACGGGACCUGGCCUUUUUGCGCAGAAUAUCCCGAGGGUACAGACUUAUACCUCAACAACACCCAAGGCACAGGAAUAGAUCCCAACCUCAACGAAAUCUUUCGCUGGGGCAGCAAGUGGGGUGCAAACAGAUAUCCUCCCAUUUUCCCCAAGCUGCCAAUCGAUUAUAACACCCUAAUCAACGAAACCAAUGGCAUGAUCACCACAUGGGGUCCCACGUCCAUUUACCUGCUUGGUAAAGGUGGACCGACCAACCAGCAAGGUAGUAUCAUGACAGGAGAAGAAGGCGCGACGAAUUAUGCUCUGUGUUCGAUUUCAGCAGGUCAGACACCUCUGUGCACCACUCAUUAUAAUGCCAGUAGCAGUGGCGGUAGCAUGGAAGCUAUAUGCGAUACCGACGAUCCUUUGCAAUAUAAUCAGAGUGUGCCGCGAGCACCGAGGGGUAAUGAUACACUCAGUCCCGACUGGAUCAAUGUCGCGCAGGAGUGGGCGAGAAGCCUCUCCCUCAGCUCCGGUCUCUUCGACGGCAACGCCUCCAACGCCCGCCUCUUGACCCAAUUCAUCCUCACGGCCUCUGACCACGGAAAUCUCUCCUUGGCCCACCCUUCCGCCGCCGAAGCCUUGGCGGUUUUAGCAGGUUGUACACUCCUCCAGUCCGCCACAGAUGCCCCUUUUAGCAUGUUUUGGAACCACACACACCCCACCAUCCAAAACGGCGAAUAUCAGCACUUUAACGCUUCUCUCCGCGUUCAACAAUACGGCAGUGGAGGCUCUUCUUCUUCUACUUCUACUUCUUCAUCUUCCUAUCAAAAACCCCUCUAUCUCAUCCUCACCGUCGUAUUUCUCUUGAAUAUUUUUAUUCUCAGCUAUUUCAUUUUCCAUCGAGAUUGGUACGUGGAUUUUUCCGAGCCGCUGCAUCUUUUUUCGCUGGCGGUCAAUUCUCCUCCGAGUGGUUUGCUCAGGGGGAGUUGUGGGUGUGGACCUAGUGGGGAGCAGUUGAGGGUGGGUUGGAAAAUGCAGAGGUGGAAUGGACAUUUCUAUGUGGAUGGGAAGAGGGAGGAAGAGAGGGAAAAAGAGGGGGAUUCUUCAAGUGGUACUACUGCUACUACUACUACUGAGCUGCCUUCUUCUUCUUUGGAGAUGAUGGAUUCGCCGCUGGUGGGGAGGUUGAAAAGAUAG